AUGAAAUAUUUAAAGGGUUUAAUUUUAGCUUUAGUAGCUUUAUCAAGUGUUAAUUCAUUAAAUAUAAAAGAUGAUGCUGAAUGUAUGCUUUGUAAUGUUAUAGUUGAUGAAGCUGAGGCAUAUGUUGCACAAAAUUUUAACUCCACUGAAAUUUCUUCAAUCCUCAGUGAAAAUUGUCAAUUACUCCCAAGCUUCCAAGACGUAUGUAUUGGUAUUGUUGAUGAAUAUACACCAACCAUUAUUAAAUAUAUAAUUGCUAAAGAAUCACCAACAACCAUUUGUGAACAAAUUAAUUGUUGUGAUUCAUCAUCAUCAUCAUCAUCAUCUCAAGACUCUUCAUCAUCAAAUAAUGACUCUUGGUCAGAAUUUGGUUCAUCAUCUCAAGAUUCUUCAUCAUUCGAAAAUAAUUCAUCAUCUGAUAAUUCUCAAUCUAAUACUGGUGCUUCAACAGGUACAUCUGGUCAUAGUUUGUAA